GUGUUUGGAAGGAGUGCAAUUCAACUUUAAAUACGUGUUUCACGUGCGUCGUGUGCGUUGUGACGCGAAUGCAAAGCGAUUAGAAAUGUUUCAUUAAUUUUCGAAUUAAAUUUAAAUGUCCCAUCCCACGUGUGAUUAUUUUUUUUAAAUGGAUACAGGUUUUUUUUUUGUGUGUGCGAGUGUGUCACAAGAAUGGUGCAGAUGAUGAAAUCGCUCUCAAAUACUUGUUACAUUUCACACGCCUUAUUGCGCAAUGAGGGUUCGAAGAACAAGACGGUUAUUUACUUUCGACACACCUCCAAGGCAUCACGUUUCCUGGCCUUAGAAUAGAACAUUUGAAGGACAUGUCAGUGUACAAUUGGUUUUAUUUUGAGCCUCACGGUUCUGAGUAAACACACAGACGGGCUUUCAGUUUUAAAUUCUACAAGCCAACCGAAAACAAAAAACACCAAUCGAAAGCAUCGACAGGCAGAUCAGCUGUACAUAGCGACAAUCGAACGCGUAAACCGGCUUUGUUGGGUCCGGUCCGAGUUCUGGUUUGUUGGAAUGUUAUUGGUGUAAGCUUUAGAGCAGAAAGCGAAAACAGGCUCUGCUAGAAUUCGACCGUGCCAGACGCCCUGUACCUCCUACGCACGGUAAACGGGGGACCAUGACCAGUCGAAAUCGAGUGUCUUCUACACACUAUUAGGCGCUAGGCUUUAGGCAGUGAAACAGGUUUUCGCAUUUCAAUCCGAUCCCCGGAGAGGAGGCAACCUCGUAACGUGUGCUCUCAUCGUGACAUAAACGAAAUGGAUUAGUGAAAAACAAAUAUUUGAUUAAGUUGGAAGUUCAUUAGAAGUUUGUAAUUUAAUAAAAGUGAAAGAGAGAGAGAGAGAUAUAUAUCCAACAAAAAAUGGGUCGCAAAAAGGAGAAGAAAGAUUCCAUCGACGGGGACGCGCUGAAGGAGCUGAACGGUGGAGCGGAAAACGGUGUCGGCGGUGACAGCGACGGAACCGCCCUGGCGAUGACCACCAUCGGCCAGAUCAAGGCGAAGGGCCGACCGGGGCUGUUGCCACGGAACGGGGCCGGUGGUGAACCGGACGAUGGCGAGCAGCGGGAAACCUGGAGCGGGAAGGUCGACUUCCUGCUGUCGGUCAUCGGGUUCGCCGUCGAUCUGGCCAAUGUGUGGCGUUUCCCGUACCUCUGCUACAAGAACGGCGGUGGUGCGUUCCUGGUACCGUACGGGAUAAUGCUGCUGGUCGGUGGCAUUCCACUGUUCUACAUGGAGCUGGCGCUCGGUCAGUUCAACCGGAAGGGAGCAAUCACCUGCUGGGGCCGGCUGGUGCCACUGUUCAAGGGCAUCGGUUACGCGGUCGUACUGAUUGCGUUCUACGUCGAUUUCUAUUACAACGUGAUCAUCGCGUGGUCGUUGCGAUUCUUCUUCGCCUCCUUCACCGACAGUCUCCCGUGGACGCAUUGCUCCAACACGUGGAACACGGCCGAAUGUAAACCGUUCGGGUUCACUGGGAACAGCUCCGUGCAGGCGGUGAAUCGAACCGGCGUUCUAGCGUCCAAUGUUUCGGCCACGGUCGUCACUGCCACCAUCAACGAUACAAAGUUUGCCUCGGCUGCGUCGGAGUACUUCAACCGCUACAUCUUGGAGCUGGACAAGAGCGAGGGCAUACACGAUCUGGGGGCGAUCAAGUGGGACAUGGCACUCUGUCUGCUCGCGGUCUAUCUCAUCUGCUACUUCUCGCUCUGGAAGGGCAUCAGUACCUCCGGGAAGGUAGUGUGGUUCACGGCCCUGUUUCCGUACGCCGUGCUGUUGAUUCUGCUCGUCCGAGGCAUCACACUUCCCGGGUCGGCGGAAGGAAUUCUGUACUACCUGAGGCCCAACUUUGACGUCAUCUACAAUGCGGAGGUUUGGGUUGACGCCGCUACGCAGGUGUUUUUCUCCUUGGGACCCGGUUUUGGAGUGCUGCUGGCGUACGCUUCCUACAACAAGUAUCACAACAAUGUAUACAAGGACGCUCUACUGACCAGCUUGAUCAACUCGGCUACCAGCUUUGUGGCGGGUUUCGUCAUUUUCUCGGUGCUUGGGUACAUGGCACAUGCCAGCGGGCAGAGCAUCAAGGAUGUGGCCACCGAAGGUCCGGGCUUGGUGUUUGUUGUGUAUCCGGCCGCGAUUGCCACAAUGCCCGGAAGUAUCUUUUGGGCGUUGAUUUUCUUCAUGAUGUUGCUAACGCUUGGACUUGACAGUUCGUUCGGAGGAUCGGAAGCAAUCAUCACGGCGCUGAGUGACGAGUUUCCCAAGAUUGGACGUAACCGGGAGAUUUUUGUGGCGAUUCUGUUCUCGCUGUACUUUGUCGUUGGUUUGGCGAGUUGUACGCAGGGAGGAUUCUACUUCUUCCAGCUGCUCGAUCGCUAUGCAGCCGGUUACUCUAUACUGAUCGCGGUGUUUUUUGAGGCCAUCGCUGUGUCCUGGAUAUAUGGAACGGAACGAUUCUGUAACGACAUCAAGGACAUGAUUGGCUUCGCUCCCGGUAUCUACUGGCGUGUUUGCUGGAAGUUUGUGGCACCACUGUUCCUGCUGUUUAUCAUCAUCUACGGAUUGAUAGGACACGAACCGCUCAGCUACGAGGACUACGUGUAUCCGUCGUGGGCCAACGUGCUCGGAUGGUGCAUAGCGGGCUCGUCCAUGAUCAUGAUACCGUUGAUGGCAAGCUAUAAGCUUAUCGUGACACCGGGAAGCUUCCGGCAGCGCAUGAAAAUUCUGACCACACCCUGGCGCGAUCAGCAGAUGGCCGUCAAUGGAGUAACGAUCGAACCGGCUCAGGUUCGCUUGACGCACUCGGACGAAGGUGAAGAGGUUUGAGUACGCAUGCGAUUCUAUGCCCCGCGGUUUGAUAUAUACUUUGUGUGAGACUAGUUAUCGUGUUGGAUUCCUGUUCCCAAUUCCUACCAUUUGUUUCCAAACGUGUGGGCUAUAAGUUUUCCUUUUGUCGUUGCAACUUCGUAUGCCCUUCCAAGACCUGCUCUAGCUAUGUAAGUGUUAUCUGGCCCCUGUCCUAGGCAGAUCAUAGACACCGUAAAUGCUGAUAGAUUUCACCACUAGGAUAGGACGAAUGUAUACUUGAUAAGAUGCUUUGGCCUGGGGUACACUAGACCGGCAAGGGGUUGUAGCUCCAGUGAUCGCUACACAAUGGCAAAAUACUUUAGCGCAAAUCGCUCUCUCUCUCUCCAGAACUCUAUGCUGAGUGAAAACAAACUGACACACACACACACCUAAUGCUGUAUAGGAUAAUACGCGUAUCGAGAUAUAGUUAGAUGGGUAGUAAGACGACUUACACCUGCCACCAACCUAGAUUGCUGAGCACUUGUACAUAAGAAGCAACUCUAAACACACACGUUGAAAUGCGGGACAAUUUGCAGAUUUGCAACGAUGCAAGCACGGCUACCGGCCAGAAGGGAUGGACUCCGGGAAGGUAACCUGUAAAGCGACAUUACUCCUCGGAGUCAUCAUCUGUUAGCCGUUGGAAUUACUGAACCUUUACUUCAUAUGUGUAAUGUCUGCUUCGUAAAGUAUGUAACUACUAAUCUGCUUAGCGUUGCUCUCCGUUUGAUGGUGUUUUGUGUUCCUGUAAGGUAGAAGCGUCUGGUUUCUGGCAUAAUUUCCCUAACUUGUUGCGGCGAGUAAAUGCGAAACAAUAUUGUUGAUAGAUAUAGAAUGCAAAACUGUAUAAUCGUCUUUAUAACAAGUUACGUACAUGAUAGAACAUUUAAUGAAAAAAAGAUUCGAAGGACCAGCGCGUCCAGGAACGAGGGAGGCCAUAAAGCGACCUAGAAGCAGACUAUCCUCUUGCCAGUGAAAACUUUCCGCGCGUGAAUGCCCGCAACACGUAGCAACGGCUCAGACAAAACAGUUUUCCAUUCAAAAGCUCGAAAGCUUGCACUCGAGAGGAGCUUUCACACAGCCAUAAAGCUCAGCUCGGGAUGUAGAUGGGGAAGCUUUGCUCUGUUUGCGUCGCUUGCUACAAUUUGCAUUGGGUAUUUUAAAUUGACAGUUGCGAUGUCCGAUUACCGGUCAGUAGCAAGAGCUUAGCCGCAUAUUAGAAAUAAAUUGCAGAAAAAGGGAAAAGAUACGAUAUUAUAUGAACGCUCACCUGUUGAUAUGAACACAUUAGAAAAAAAAUCCAACAUAGAAUAAUUGUGAAAGACAUCGCCAACUAUAGGUAUGCUUUUUACUGGAUAGCUUUUAAACUCGUAGAGACGUACAAUCUUUAGAGAGGAACAUACACACUCAAGAAAAAAAAAUACACAAAACACCAAUGACUUUCUGUGCUCAUCCGACUGGCCGGGAGAAUCGGGGAGGUUCUGUGCACGUUUCCCCAGACAGCCAUUGGGGAAACGUGCACCAACGCACCAGGUCCCCAACUCCAAGGCCUGUAUGGGACAGUAGCACAGUUGGAUGUGUUCCCCAAAUUUUUUCGUCAAACAUUACAACAAUACGGAACCGGGUGAAUGGAAAGAAUGAACCAGACAGGCAGGAACUGCGAUACCAGCAAACAACAGUCACAACGAAAAAAAUGGUACGGAGAGCGAGAAUACUAGCGUAAACAUGACAGGAUCGAAUCGAAUUUAGUAUUAGCACUCCAAACAUUCAAUACCCAUCUCCCGAAGAGUUGUUUUUUUUUUACUUUUCAAUUUGACAGAUGCAGAAACAGAAAGAAUAACACUGUACAUGAGUGAAAUAGUUUAAGUGUGGCGGAGGGGGAGAAAACAAAAAGAGAGAGUGAGAUGGGAAGAGCAAUGGAAACUCGUUAUUUGCUUGCAUGUUACCGUACCAUUGUGCUGCCAGGCAGUAAACGGUAAAUAAUGCGUUCUCUACUUAAAUUACUUAAUUUCCGUUCCGAGGAAGGUUACCGUGGCUGUUUGUAGUUGUGCACACCGUUGAUUUUUCUAAACAUCUUUGCCGUGCGUGACAAUGCACGGUUGCUGCAGCAAUCGCGUUUGAUUUGAAUCAAUAAACUUUUAUUUGACAGUUAC